CUCACCGCGUGCCGCGUUUGCCGUGUCAUUUUGCUGUGUCGAUUUCAAGCUUGAUAUUUGUUCAAGACUCGGCGUGGAGUUCAUGUGAGGAAGACGAGAAGUUAACUUGAGUAUAGCAGAAGCUCUGUGAAACAGGAUUACUUUCAAGAAGCUAUCGUCGUGUUUGCCCAAGUGUGAAUUUGUUUGGAUUUCAAGAUACUCUGUUCGGUAGUCGAUCGACCCGUGAACAUCGACGGUUAGUCAGUGGUGAAAUGCUUGAGUACUUCUACUGUGCUCCUAAACAACUCUUAAGGGGCCCUGAGAAAUUUCAGCUUAGUUAAACUCUCAUUUGCUCUUCACUUUCGUGUAGUGGUCCUUGGAUCUUCUGGGCAGCAUGUACCAAAGUCGACAUGCAACGCCCCAUCAGCCUUCUGGGCAACCGUUUAAGUUUACUGUGGCAGAUUCAUGUGAUCGUAUUAAAGAAGAGUUCAAUUUUCUUCAAGCCCAGUAUCACAGCUUGAAGCUUGAGUGUGAGAAAUUGGCUGGUGAGAAAACCGAAAUGCAAAGACAUUAUGUUAUGUACUAUGAGAUGUCAUAUGGUCUCAACGUUGAAAUGCAUAAGCAGACUGAGAUAGCAAAAAGACUCAAUGCCAUUUGUGCCCAGAUAAUACCUUUCCUAUCUCAAGAUCAUCAACAGCAAGUUGCAGCAGCAGUAGAAAGAGCUAAGCAAGUCACUAUGUCAGAAUUAAAUGCUAUUAUUGGGCAACAGCAACUUCAUCAACCAGGAAUGCAAGGCAUUCAUGCACAUGCACCAACAAUUCCUCUACCCCACCCUGGGGCACUACCCCCUCAGCUUCCCCCUGGAGUAGCAUCAGGGCUACUAGGUGUCUCUGGCCAACCUCCUCAUCUUCCAAUUAAAGAUGAAAAAGCAAUGAAUUCCCUAUCGCCCUUGUCAAGACCAGAAAAAAUGUAUAACCGACCMUCAGAUCUGUCAUCACAUGGCAGUGAGGAUGGAGAUAGAGAUCGGGACCGUGAAAGAGAAAGACUUGAAAGACAUAUGAAUGGUACAAAGAUUAGCAAGAGAAAAAGAGAUGAAAAAGACUCUGGGGAUAGUGAUGGCGAGAAAAGUGAUGGUGAUCUUGUUGUGGAUGUAUCCAAUGAAGAUGCUCCAUCACCACAUAGGAUAGAAAAUGGACCAGAAUCUCCUCCAUUUAAUGAAAAGAAAACCAGAAAAGAGACUGGCUCUCCUUCAUCAUCAUCRUCUACACCUUCAUCAAAACGUGAAAGAGAACGAGAUAGAGAACGAGAAAGGGAACGGGAAAGAGAUAGAGAUAGAGACAGGGAAAGAGAACGKGACAGGGAUAGAGAUACAAAAUCAUCAGAAAGUAAAGGUGGUGCAUCAGAUUCUGGUUCAGUUGGAAGAAAAAGCCCUUCUCGGUCUGCAUCACCUCCAAUAAAACAUCCUAUAGCUCAAGCYAUUCGCACUCCUAUCUCAGUACCAGGAGGAGGKUCUGGUUACCCAUUCAAUAAUCCACAUAGUAUGUCAGGAUUAAUGGCUAAUAGCAUGUCAUCAGGUGGCCUUGGCUAUGGACGAUCACCACUGGUUGGUUAUGACCCUACAGGUCAUGCAAGGUUAGGGGCAUCACCAUUAGGCUCAGGAGCCCCACCUGGUGGAAAACCAGCCUACUCAUUUCAUGUUAGUGGUGAUGGCCAAAUGCAACCUGUCCCCUUCCCCCCUGAUGCCCUAAUUGGGUCCAACAUUCCUCGACAUGCUAGACAGAUUAACCAAUUAAACCAUGGAGAAGUUGUAUGUGCUGUAACCAUAAGCCACCCUACAAGAAAUGUUUUCACUGGUGGUAAG